AGUUGCUCUUCCUGUUUGGAAUCAAACCAGGAAAUACAGACCAUGUAACUCGGAACGUCGAAGUUGUGUGAAUGCAAUCUUGUCAAUUUCUUUUUUCUUCGCUCGUAUAAUCACACAUUAUAGUUAUGGCUUCGUUAUUCAAGAAAAAGACGGUGGAUGAUGUCAUCAAAGAGCAAACCAAAGAACUCAGGGGAACCCAGCGGCAGAUCACCCGAGACCGCACCGCCCUGGAGAGACAAGAGAAACAAAUGGAGCUGGAGAUUAAGAAAAUGGCGAAGGCUGGGAACAAGGAUGCGUGUAAGAUCUUGGCCAAGCAGCUAGUUCAGCUACGCAAGCAGAAGAACCGCACCUACGCCGUCAGUUCAAAGGUCACCUCCAUGUCCACGCAGACCAAGCUCAUGAACUCUCAGAUGAAGAUGGCUGGUGCCAUGGCCAAGACUACCAAAACCAUGCAGGCGGUCAAUAAGAAGAUGGAUCCUCAGAAGACCCUCCAGACGAUGCAGAACUUCCAGAAGGAGACGGCCAAGAUGGAAAUGACGGAUGAGAUGAUCAAUGACACACUGGAUGAGCUCUUCGAGGGCUCGGAUGAUGAGGAGGAGUCUGACAACAUCGUGUCCCAGGUGCUUGACGAAAUCGGCAUCGAGAUCUCAGGAAAGAUGUCCAAGGCUCCCGCGGCGAGCAGGAACAACCCCAGUGCCUCCACGUCCAAAGCGGACACCAUCUCAGACGACGAGAUCGAGAGACAGCUGAAGGCCUUGGGAGUGGACUAACACAGAGAAUCUUUCUCUCUCUCUCUGUCUCUCGCUCUUUCACUCACUCACUCACACACACAUACACACACACACACACUGGCACACUACUAAGAAAAAUACAGCUUGGACUUUCUAAGGCAUAUCCUGUCUGCUGAAAAGUCUGUGUGGACACAAACACACACACACAUGCAUGCCUUCAGUCUCUCUGAUGUGAACCUCUGGAAACCUCUGCAGCAGAGUCACAGAGUCCCCACUGGGAGGUGCUGUUUUGACUCUUUCUGCUCUGUACAGCUGCAAUAGGUAGACUCAGGUGUGUGUGUGUGUGUGUGUGUGUGUGUGUGUGUCUCUGAGAAAUACACUCCAUGCCCUCAAUGCCACCCACUACAACCUUAGUGUGUGUGUGUGUGUGUGUGUGCGCGCGCGCGUGAGUUUUAGAAUACUGACAUAGGGACUUAAGAGUUGAUGAUAUGUCCUCGAACCUGGAGCUUAAAUAAGAAUGCUUCCUCAAUGUGUGUGUGUGUGGCAGAGAGAUUCCUCUGUGUGCGCGUGUGUGCGUGUUGCGGUUCCUCAAUGUGAGAGUAUGUGGUGGACAGGUUUUCAUUUAGUUUAUCCCACCUGUCAACUCUCCUUUCACCUCAUGAGGCUGCAGACGACUUUCAGGAUUGCAAGCAUAUACUGUGUCGCCACACACACAGACACACACUCAGACACACUGUCUCCAAAACAUACAUACACACACACUGUAUCUCCUCAGUCUUCUCCCAUACUGCGCACACACACACACACACACACACACGCACUGUGUCUCAGUCUGGUUCCACAUCAGUCCGCUGAGGGGCUUUAUGGGCCUCAUGGCCGUUCCGGUCUGGACUGUUCUUCUCGCUAGUAAUCCUGGUACGGGUCAGAGACUUGCCUUUAGGUGGUGGACAAGGGGGGUGAGGAACCCUUCCAUAUACUACAACAUUUUCAUUUUAUUAUAUUGCCAUAAAUAAAGUACAUGUUUGUAAAUAAAUUGUUACUAAGUCUGUUGUCAUUUACUAAUAAAUGACUAUGAUCGCUGUCUUAA